AGUGUCUCGUGUCAGUCGAGCCGUGUGCCGCGUCGCGGUAGUGUCGUGCGGUAGUGUUGCGUUUCGCGUGUCUCGCCGAACACCGACGAUGACGUCUUCCUUGUUCCAACUAUGAACGGUGUACGUUCAUGACGAAGAUCAGCGGGCACGCCGUCCCCGUUAACGUCGUCGUCGUCGCCGCCGGUGUUGUCAUAGUUUUUUUUUUUAUUCGCACGCGGACCGGUUUGGAGAAGUCGCGCGCCGAUACCUGAACCUGAAGGAACCCUCGUCGUUCGUUGUCGCUUCGUUUCGAACCUUCGAAACCGAAUGUGAUCGCAAGACCGGAUGCUUUCGAACGGACGAUCGUUUUCCAUUCUAUUCGUGUGUCCGUACGCAAGGGGGAAACUUCAACGCGUGGAACAGCCGACCGUGACCGUCGCGAGUGACUGCACGAGAUUCUUUAAACAAGAACUCGUCGAGUUACAUUUUCGAUCGGAUCGAACCGAUCUUCGUUGCGCAGGAAAUCGUCGAGUUACAUUUCGAAAAAAAAUUUGGGCUACAUUCUCCGAAGUCGUCGGUGAGUGGCGCGCUGCGUGUUUGUCACAUUUGCCGGUUGUUUUCCUCGCGUUCUCGGUACUGCUUGUUUUCGUCGCGUUCUCGGCACCGGUUGUUUAGUGCACAUUCGUGAAAGCAAAUAACUAAAAAGACUCGUCGAUCUAUCGCGUGGAUAAAAGUUUCGUCGCAAAUUUCAUGGUCGUUAAGGGAAGCGAAUAGGAAGAUCAUUUUCAGAUUCAGCCGAGUUUUGUGAUUUUGAGAUCUCGAUUUCGAUCUCACGUUGAUCUACGAUUGUCUUCCAUUGAAAAACGACGGAUUCGACAACCGUAUUUCACGUCGCUCUUGCGAGUCUUCACGACGGGGAUCAUCUAGACAGCGUGGAUCACCUAGAUUUAUCCUUGCCGGACGUUUCGAGCUUCUUCGAACAGUGGAUGAGACUAUCAGUUCGUCUUCUCACGUAGUGCGCGCAACGACACACGGAAAUCGCGUGCCAUUUUCUCGAUCAUCGAUCAUCAAUCUUGCAAGUCCCGGUGACACAACCAGCUGAUGAGUCCUCACGAGUGCGCGAUAGAACGAGGUCACUUUAAUGAGAUACACUCUGCCAAAGGUUCUCGCUGAAAUAGAUCGAGAUCUGAUUGUCAACGUUUACUAUUUAACUCUGCGCUCGGGAGCGAACAAAAAGCGUGCGGAAAUUCGGAUUCCGUGAAACGAUUGACGUAUCGACGACGGCAGGCACGACGAUUCCGAUUUGAUCGCCCGUACAUCUCGUAAUGAGCCGAAGAACGGUGCAUGUCGAACGGCGAGCGUGACCGCCGCAAAUCGCCGUUCCCCCCGCGCGUUCCUGGGUCGUCGGUCGCCAAAGCGACCCUCGUUAAUACCGCAGCCGAUUGUGAAGGAGAAUGUCACGCUAGGGAGCGGGUCCGAUUUAUUCGCUGAAUCGACUGAAUCGAGUUUCGACAAACCACGCGCCCCGAUGGACGUUACAUCGUCUGGAAGGCGGCCUCGCGAGAUGGUAGCAGCCAAGUACAGCGGAUAAAAGCACGCGCGCGCGGCGGCGCGGAAUCGUCUAGCGAGGAGCAACGGUGAGAAAAGGCCAACGAAGAAGAAGCGCGGGGUAGGAACCGAGUAGUUUUAAAAGAGCGAGCAAGCGGGGGCGCAUUCGGGCCCACGCGUGCACAACGAGAAAGAGAGCCGAGAUGACCAUGACGAGUAAUAUUGUGGUCGAGUGGCUGCGGUCGCUCCACCUCGGCCAGUACUCGGAGUCGUUCAUCGACAACGGCUACGACGACCUUGAGAUCUGCAAGCAGAUCGGCGAUCCGGAUCUCGACGCGAUCGGUGUCUUCAAUCAGAAGCACCGCGCCCGCCUGCUGCAAUCUGUGAAGACCCUACGCGAGGAAGGCGCCGCGAGUGUGUAUUUCACGCUGGAGGAGACGACCGACAACAACUGCGACAAUGUCAGCUCGAAGUCCUCGAGGACAUCGUCCGAGAGGCCACCCAGCGACAAAGAAGCGCAGCGAGCGUCGCCCACGGCCAGUUCGUCCAGCGGCGGUCAAGAGCUGACAAAGUUCGCGGACGAGUAUGAGGAGGGUAAAGCUGAACUAGUGAGAAUUCCCAGGAUGCAGUUAAGGAUGCUGCUGCAGGAGAAGCUGAGACACGAUGGCAUCAGACUGGCCUGUCAACCGUACACUACACCGGUGCAGCUUAAAGCGUACUUAGCUAGGGUACAACAAUCGGAGGGCGAGAGGGGGUAUUUGGAAGGACUCGCUUCAAGGUACGCAGACCUCUUCAGAACGCAUUACGGAGAUGUCCUGGAGCCGCUUGAGGAGCUGCGCAGGCGAGAAACAAAUGCUUCCUCCAGAAUGUCCAACAACCAGCUCACCACCAGUCAUUCACAGCCCAUUUACGUGCCCGGGAAAUACUCGCCCUCGAGCUGUCUCAGCGACAAGGAGGAGGACGAAAUCUAUGGCUUCGGAUACGGGGUCUUCAGCAGACAGAUGCUCCAGCAUCGACAGCAGAAGCUCGCGCUCGCAACACAAAACACGACCGCCGCCGUGACACCGGGUGGACCUCAAGCAACCUACCAAAGUUGUCUGAGCCCGAGAUCUGCGUUCUUCUACGAGUUCCCGCCUAACGAACAAGGACAAAAUACAAGCAAGAAAAAGACGACGUUUUCGAGGUUGCUGCGGGGAUUGAAGACCCACAGAAAAGAGAAACAAGGCCAACAGACUCAAGGCUCUCCCAGGCAUGGUCGCGCAAGGAUGGGUGUUCCUCAAAGAGUAGACACACCCGACAGUGUUUUGCAAAGCGGCUUGGGUCUUGGACCCGAUAUGGGACACACGAUUCUUCGUUCGAUGGUAGAUCCUCGAGAUUACGAUCGAUUGAGAUACUUGCAAAUGAACGGCGGCCAACCGAAUAGUUUCGAAGAAACUAUACACAGGCUGAAAGUUCAAGAGGCGCUGCGAAAGAAAGAGCGAUUCCACAAAGAGCACGAGGAGAUACUGAGGGAUAUCCGGCAGGGUUUAAUGCAGCUAGGACGAGACGGACGGGGUCAGCUCCCUGGGGAUGACACGUACAUGUACGACGAAGACGCGCGUUGUGGAGGCGCAGGUGGUUUAGGUCCUGGAUCAGGUGGUCAACAUCAUUGGUACGAUGAACCACCUUACGAAUCGGAUCCCGAAGAUUUUCUUAUGGGGGCUAGCGGGGGUGGUCCGGUGCCUACCGCGACUAUUCAAAACGGAAGGGUGUGCUUUACGCUGAAUUUGAGGCCGGAGAAUCGAGGCGAGGGCGUGAUCUCUCUUCGAACAGCCGGCGAUAUCAGUUUGCCGCGCGAUCGUUCGAGGAAAGGUGCGACGUCGACGAUGCGAGGUCUCAUCGUUCCUCAGGGUCACAAUAAUCCACCGACGAUUAUACCCCUAACACAUUCAAGGGCUUCUCGUGAAAGUGGAGAUUACGCGAGUAGCGACGUGCAGAGUGUGAGUUCGAGACUAUCGACUGUGUCGGUGGACACGAGUAGGAGCGAUCAGCCUCCGGUGGGCGGUCGCCAUCCCGAUCGACCGGAUCACCACCACGAGCACCAUCACAACCAUCGCCAUCAUCACGACCAUCACCACGCGGUCUCACCCCGACCUAAUCAGCGUCACCCCGCCGCUACUAGCACGACCGUUGCCAACGCCGACGCAACGUCACCGCAAAGCAACGCGCAACGCCGCCCGAUUCCCAGAUAUAGCCGGAGUAGCGGCGAGGAGGGACUGUCGCCGAGCCAGAGCAGCGACUAUGAAGAUCAAGAAGAGCUCGAGAGUCAACACUCGGCCGCUGUUCACACAUCAGAGGCCAGCGCUCUGCUAGAGGGCGACGCCAGGGCGGGAAUCGCGGGUCGAGCGAGGAAUUUAAGGCACGACGUGCAGCGAAAGAUCUCGAGGCUGCGCCAGGAUCGCGCAUCCUCGGAAGCCUUUCCAUGCAGCGCGAGCAGCGUCGAGAGUCUGCCGAGCGGAAGCGGUUCAAGCACGCAGGCACUGGUCCGCGCAGGAAGCAAUCACAGCUCGAUAUCCUGCGAAGACAGGGACACUAUCAGCCCGACGUCUAUCGGACCUGUCCUCUGUCGAGCGAGGGCACUGGUGGAUUGCACUCCUAAUCCGUACGACAAGGACGCAUUAAAGUUCAAGAAAGGGGAUGUAAUCGAUGUGGUGCAGAUGAACAAGAGCGGGCUAUGGAAGGGCGUUGUGCACAACAGGAUAGGCCACUUCAAGUUCAUAAACGUCGAGAUACUGAACGACAGGGUGCCCAGGCGGGGCGAACCGGAGCGGGGCAAGUGGGGUCAGAGAUACAGGCAGAAGCCCGGUUCUGUUCAAGAGCUCUUACAGAGAAUGAAUCUUCAGGAACAUAUUCCGGUUUUUGUGCUGAACGGAUACGAGGAUCUGGAGCUCUUCAGGGAGUUAGAAGCGGCGGAUCUGGACUAUUUGCGUAUAGAACAACCCGAGCAUCGUGCCAAGAUACUCACCGCCGUGCAGCUUCUACACGAUCUUCAGUCGGGCAGCGAGGGUGACCUGGCCUCGAGUUCAGAGGGCGACGAGGUCAGCCGUCUGGUCUUAACCUCCGGUCAGACGUCGGGCCACUGUUCUCCCUUCAACCGACGCCAGUUCCCGCGAGAUUCUGGCUGCUACGACGCGCAUAAGAAUACGACCAGUCGACGGACCAUCAGCCCGGAAUCAACUACGACGUCGACAAAGCUGUCGAGGGAGAAUAAUCUGGAUAGCGCGACGACAGCCACGAAGAGCACCGGCGGUACAAUUGCUACGGAGGGUGGCUUGGCCGACGCGAAGGACAAUUUUCACCCCAACAUACCGAUCUCUAGCUCGGUAGCGAGUCAGAAGGAGGGCCAGUUCGAGAAGUCGCCGUUACUGCGGGGCGGUAACGUGCGGUACAUCGCGAAAAGGGGCAACUUCGGCGAGACGGUGGUGAUCGAGGACGCCUGCGAGGGUAGCCAAAAACUGGGCGGAAUGGUCAAGUACGUGGUCGGUGGUACCAGCGAUCUCGGCCUUGAGACCACCGGCAAUGUAACUGGCCUCAGUCAACGCGGCUGCCUCAGCGAGAAGUCAAGCGACUCCGGCGUUAGUUCGUCCAGCAUCAGCUCGGCGCCUCCGCCUCGGGACAAAAUGCUGGCUUCGGCCAGCGCCGCGUCGGACUCGCCGACUAAAAGCUUCGGCAAUUUCACCAGAGCGUCGCCGACUUCCCAGGGCGGCAGCAAGAAUCAAAACAACGACGGGAGUUACCAAUGAGAACAGCAGCAACGAAUCGCUAGACUGACGAGUCGUGAUGCAACCUUGAGUUCGAAGAUAAGAGGAAUGGAAAUCAGAGAAUAGCAACACUCAAUGCGAACUGGACAGCCUUAAUUCAGAUCGAUUGUAUAAUCGCGAGCGUCUUCAGCUUACAGCCCCUACGAUUCGUCAGAAAUUUCGACAAUGUCAGAGGAUCGACAAAUAUUCCGGGUAUUUUGUACCUUAGCAAGAGAUUCCCUAAUCCGCUCCUGACAAGCGUACUUCGCAGCAGGGUGUUUCUUCCAUUUCGGAUUAGCUUGCAGAAUUAAAGCAAUUCUAACGAGACCUAAUUGGUAACGAUAAAUACUAAUUGUCGCUGUGUCCGCUCGUUACAAAGUAUCGCACGCUCAAAUGCAUCUCGAUUUGAAUACGUAAAGCAAUAUCUCCUGUUAUUGUUGCUGGAAAAGUACCGAGGAUUUCACUUCAUUUGAUAAUUCUUGUCACGAGCGCGCGCGAAGUAAUACGCAACGGCGCGAACAGAAAUUGUAAUAUCGCCUGACGCGCUCCGAUAUUCAUGUCGGGGGAAUAUUUUGUUAUUCCGUAUCUCAGAUAUUUGGACGCGACGGGAAGAACUGAGGUAAGAAUCGAGCGAAACGAGCGAAAUUCCAGCAGUUGUUAAAGGGCUCCCCGGAGGGAGCAGGGAGCGAAGUUUCUUCGCAUUUACGUCGCGUUUGGUUCGAAUGAGAUGCAUUCGACGAGAAAAGCGGGGCCGAGCACAAUGUCAUUGCCGGUCAUCAUCUCCACGCCUGAUCGAUCGCUCUCGAAACAGCCAAGUCACAUCGCACCUGCGUGUAAUUAAUAAUAAGCGAAUACUAUGUGAUACGGUAGCAAUAUACGAUCGAUUAAUUGAAUAGAUAGAGAAAAAAAAACGGCGAUCAACGACGCGACGAUGUGAUUCGCAUUCCGUGAAUCGUUGUCGCGAUCCAUUACGUACAAUAAAUGAAAGAAAGAAAAAAGAGAACGUAAAAGAUCCGUUAUAACGAAUGCGUCCAUUUAUAGUUUUGAUUUCGAUACUACCUGUCAGUUUUAUCUUUGCCAGCGACGACCUCGCGAUUAAUCACUGCAAAUACUAUAUAGUUCGCAUCGUCUGACGAGCGAUAUAAUUCGUCAAAAACUGCCAGCGUUAUCGAAUCUUUGCUUUACGCUGAACAGCGAUCUCUUAUCUCAUAUGUUUCAAACUUCUUUACACGUUCGAUCGAUCUCAUCGCUAGCAGACGAGCGUAAAUGUGCGAGAUAGUUAUAAAUCGUCUCGAGAUACGCUCGAGACAAUUUUCCGCUUAAUACUGCGAACUCGCGAGGAUCCAUCUUAUUCAGUGAUACAAACGGAUUAUCGGAUCACAGGAUGCCUUACGAGCGUUUUUUACUUACUUAGCUUAUUUAUGCGACUUCAAUAAAGCUCAGUACUCGAACACGUCGGCUCGCGAGGAAAUAUCUCGUUUAUUUUCCACUGUUCGCAUAAUUUUGUACGGAGUGACGAGAAGACGAAAUUUCGACGCCGAUUAUGCCACGUCGUCACACGAUUUAUCCUUACUAUUACGAUCGACAAUCCCCAUCGUCGAUGCGACUCGUCAGUUCUUCGACAAGAUGGUAAUCUGUACAUGUGUAUAUUGACCACGCCACGGGAGGAAAACGUUGAAAGUUACAGAGAUUUUGUAUGUACAUAAAUAUAUAAUAUCUAUUACGCGUAGGACUUAACGAUGUUUUGUAUUGAUCUUGCCCGUUUGCCAAAACUUAAGAUUAGAUUACAUACGCGAUAUACAUAUAUCGUAUCGUUGGAUCUUAUGUACAUCUCUUGUAUAGUGUAAAAUCAUAGAUGAAUUUACGAGACGCGGGAGCGCAAUCAGAAAAAGGGCUGCGGGAACAGAUAUAUGGGCAAGACCGACGAGCCCGAUGGAUAAUAAUAAAUCGUAAGUAAUAAUUUUAGUUGUUACGAAACGUAGCGACGACUCGACAAAGCGCAUCUUUAUUGAAUAAAAUAAAAAAAAAAUACGCGCACCAGCCCCGAAUGAAUGAUUGAAAUGAUAUUGGCGGAUAGCACGCGGAAGCGGUUGGCUUUAUUGAAGAGUUUUUGCGAUCGUACACAAAGUACGUUGUUGCAACAACAGCUUAUUGAAAGCUACAAGCGUUUCACACAAUAUAUGCACAUUUUUUACAUCGUCGCGCUAUAAUCGCACUACAAAGACCGAAUCGGACAAUGGUGACUUAAUGAAGUCGGCUGGAAGUCGGCUAUGGUUAGAUCGAACAAGUGGUCGCGCAAGUUGCUUCCAUCGAGAUUGAUUAAUGCGACGCGCUCGUUCGCGACUGUAGUUGCGUGUGAUUUUGACAUCAAGAUCGAAAUUUUCAAGAUCCAAGUAUCGUCACCCUCCGUCAAUGGGCCUUUUUUUUUUAUUCGAGUUCGUAUAAUGAUUCGACGAUCCAAAAGACGCCGACGACUUCGUUGAGAGAGGGAUAUAUCCGAUAAUUAAUAUCGAUUUCGAUGCUAGUUUAUCCGUUCCAUCGAGAGUACUAACACGUGUAGAGAAUGUGUGAGCUGUUUAAUUAUGAAAAGAAGCCGAAAUAAAAAGAAAGAAUGAAAAAAUAAAUAUAAAUUAAAAAUUGUGUGUGUAUGUGUGUGUGUGUGCGUGUGGGAGCGCGCGCGCGCGCGUAUGUGAAAGAGAAAGGGAUGGGGACGCGAUGUUAAAUUAGUAACGAGUUUAUGAGAGUAUGCGAAUAGACACGAUAGUGAUUUUAUUAGCUCGGGAAAUCACGCAACAUUUGAUGUAAAGUAAAUUCAUUCUAAUCGUAGACCCAAGGCGCAGUAAUCGAAAUAGAUAAUUUAAGCGAACCUUAAGGGAGAAGCGAGUCAUUGACGAAAGAAGGCCUAUGGCGUCACCUUGCACGCCCCUCGAGACGGCGAUGCGAUCGAUAGAUAAAUUCAUUCGCCGAUUGAGAAGUCACGACGCGCGGCGCUUAGAGUCGCGGAGUCGCUAGCGAAAGAAAUUAAGCGUUUACGUAGCGGUCUAGUCCAUUUUUCUCGCGUGGUUAACAAAUAUAAUGUACAUAAUAUAAUAAAACGAAAAACAGAUCUAGAGAACGGCGAUCGCGGCUGCGAAUUAGCGCGCAACGUCGGACCUUUUUAUAAGCUGAUUUUGUAUUUAUUGGUUAAUUGCGGGGUUUAUAGAUGGUCACGAAUUCUUAUCGUAUCUCGGUUCUCGUAUGGUUUCCAACGAUAAGUGUUAAUUUAUUGACUGUGAAUAGAAAUAAACGAUGAAAGAUUCAAGCGAAAAUGA